GGCAGCGCCGCCCCCUCGGAGCGGGCCGGAGCGGGCCGGAGCGGAGCGGCAUGGGGGGGCUCGCCGGGGGGCUCGGGCACCGCUGCCCGCCCCUGCCCCUGGCGCUGGGGCUCUGCUGCCUGCUGCUGCCCCCCGCCGCCGCCUCCUGGAGCCCCCAGCCCCGCAGCAACUGGUGCUCCUACGCGGUGACGAGGACGGUGUCGUGCCUGGUGCAGAACGGCACCUUCCUGCAGCGCGUCUUCCAGGGCUGCCGCUGGCCGCUGCCCUGCAGCGGGGGCAGCUACCGCGCCGUCGUCCGGCCCGCGUACAGGGUGGCCUUCAGGACGGUGACGGCGCUGGAGUGGAGGUGCUGCCCCGGGCACGUCGGGGCCGCCUGCGAGGAAGAGCCCCAAGCCUUCCUCGCGCUGCGGGACACCGUGCGCCCCAGCACCGCGCCGCGCCGGACCCCCCUGCGCCCCACGGCUUUCUCAGGGUGCCUGAACUGCAGCCGUGUCGGGGAGCUGACGGCACGCCUGGCCACCCUGGAGGCGCAGGUGGCCCGGCUGUCGGUGGCCGAAGCCCCCCCGUCCCCAGCACCCAAAGGUGCCAGCAGGGGUCCGGACACCGGGCAGCUCUGGGGGUCCCCGGCUGCCCAGGGGAGCCCCGGGGAUGAAGGGGUCCCGUGGGGCAGCGAGACGCAGCGGGGAGCCACUGUGGGGCGCGACGGCAGACCCGGCUCGCAGGGCCCCCCCGGCCCCAAGGGAGACGCAGGAGGACGGGGACCCUCGGGCGUUCCGGGGGUGAAGGGUCCCUCGGGGCCCCCAGGUCCCCCCGGCCCCCCGGGCCCCCCCGGCCGCGAUGGAGCCAGGGGGCUCCCCGGGGAGAAGGGCUUACCCGGCCCCCCUGGCCCCCCUGGGCCGCCCACCCCCGUGGGGCCAGCCAUCCCCCGGCUCGCUGACCCACGGGACCCACUGCUCUCCAACACCUUCACCGAAGCGGCUGGGGGCAUCAUGGGCCCCAUUGGCCCCCCCGGCCCCAUGGGGCCGAUGGGACCCCCCGGCCCCCCAGGACCCAUGGGGCUGCCCGGCCCUCCAGGCCCCGAUGGGAGAGCCGGGGCGCCCGGAGCCGCGGGUCCCCGCGGGGACAAAGGUGACAGGGGCCCCCAGGGACACCCAGGCAGCCGCGGCCAGGACGGGGCGCAGGGCGAGCCGGGCCCCAAGGGCGAGCCGGGCGACAAGGGCACAUGGGGGGAGGGUUUACACCAGCUCCGCGAGGCUUUGAAGAUUUUAGCGGAGAGGGUUUUAAUCUUGGAAACAAUGAUUGGGCUCUAUGAACCCGAGCCCGGUUCGGGCAGCGGGGGUCCGGCGGCGCCCGGCCCCCCCCGCGGCAGGCGCGGCCACUCGCCCCCAGCCCGCGGCGCAGCCCCCCGGCAGGACCCCCUCGACGGGCCCUGAUGGAGCGGGGGGGCCGGGUGUCACCCCGCCACGGGCACCGCUGUCCCCCCCCCCGCGUCCCCGCUCCUCCCAGGGGGGUCUUGGUGCUAACCGGUGGCACCGCACCGGCCUGACCCCCCCUGCACGCCCCUUCCCCUCUGCCCCCCCCAGCUUCGGCCCCCGCUGCUUGCACCCCGCUGGGGGGGGCACGGGGUCCCCACCCCGGUGCUGAGGAGGGGACGUGGGUGUCCCCGCGCCCCCCGCGCUCCGUCCUGGCUGCUUUGGGCGCCGCGAGGUCAUUAAAGGUGUCCGCAGAACCGUCA